AUGCAGAUCUCUAUCUUAGCCGCCGUUAUUGCUGCAUCCAGCUUUGUUGCAGCUCUUCCUACUGGUACCAGCUGUGAUACCCCUACAGCUACUACAACCACCACCCCGACCGCGAGCUGCAAGCCUGGCCAUUUCAAGAAGCACAAGGUCAAGUCUGGCGAAACGCUUACCACCAUUGCCGAGCGAUACAACUCUGGCAUUUGCGACAUUGCAUGGCUCAACAAGCUCGAGAACCCUAACGUCAUCGAUCUUGGCCAACUUCUGCUGGUUCCCACUAAGCUGUGCAACCCCGACAACGAAUCUUGCCUCACUUCUCCGGGAACUGGUACCUGCGUUCCCAACGGCGAACCCACCUACACUAUCAAGUCCGGCGAUACCUUCUUCGUUCUCGGUCAACGGUUUGGUAUCACCACUGAGUCAAUCAUCGCCGCCAACCCUGGAGUCAAGCCAGAAUCUCUUGAGAUUGGUCAAGUUAUCAACAUUCCUGUCUGCAAGAGCUCUCCGGGCACCUGCGUCCCUAACGGUGAACCCACCUACACUAUCAAGUCCGGCGAUACCUUCUUUGCUCUCGGCCAACAGUUUAACAUUACCACUGAGGCAAUCAUGGGCGCCAACCCCGGAGUUAAGCCAGAAUCUCUCCAGAUUGGGCAGGUCAUCAACAUUCCUGUCUGCAAGGCCUCUCAGAACUAG